UAAUGAGGGGUGUUCUACAAGUCCAAAAGGAUAAAAAUGUAUAAAAUAAUGAUAGUAUUAUCAAUGGUGGUUUGUUGCAGCACACGUGAUGAGCUUGAUGCCGUUUGUUCUUCCAUCUCCAACAUCUCUUACAUCUCUGUUACACCUCUGUACAGUGACCUUACUAAAGCUGAAUGUGCAUUGAUUCUAGAUAAAUUUCGUUAUGCAACAAUAAAAUUGAAUCAAAAUUUAGCAGCCAUUCAAUCUGUAGAUGAAAAGGAAGAACAAAAAUCUCAUAUGAUAGUUGCAACUAAUGCUUGUCUUCUUGCUUCAAGAGAAUCAUCCAUCAGCUGUAGUGUUGUUAUAAACUAUGAACUCCCAACAAAAAAGGUACUCUUAGAAAAUUAUACGAGGCGAAUGACAACUUAUUUGGCUACAAAUGGGAUUGUGAUUAACAUGGUUGUUGUGGGAGAAGUGGUGACUCUUAAAAGCAAAGGGUUUUGUGCCUCCAGAUGGCAUUGUAGCUUAGCCAAUUAUGUGAUUUUAGUAGAACAGAUCAAACAGUUCAUGAACAUUCCAUCAGAGCUACCAGCAAUUGUGGAGGACAACAGACCACCCUCAUCUUGGCCUUUUAAGGGACGGAUACAGUUCCAGGAUCUAAAGGGAUGCAUUCUACUUUUGGUCACCAUGUCCAGCAGUGAAGACACUCAAGCUGCCAAUAAUGCACAGAAGCUUUUGGAUUCUCUUUUUUCCUUUGAUCAAAAUGUCAUCCAAAUGGCAAAAGCUAAUUACUUUACACAUUUCCUUCAUCGACUAUCUUCAGAAGUGAAGAUGAGCAUGGUGACAACAGUAGCAGAAAUGGAAUUCACAGAUCAAAACAAAUCAUCUUUAUUUGACAAAGGUGCACUCGGCCAUUCUUGA